AUGGAUGGUGGAGACAGGAUUUUGGUGGCUGCGGGUCUGACCGCUGCUGUAGUGGUGGGUGCUUUUGUGUUAUGGGGUCCCGGUGGAGCACCGAAAGUGCGAAAGCGUCGGGGACAGAUAGCGGGGCUCCAGAACAUGGGUAGAACUUGUUUUUUGAACACACUGCUGCAGGCACUGGCUGCCUGUCCCACAUUCAUCGAAUGGCUCAAGAAAUACGCCAAGGCUGAUAGUCACAACAGUAUGAUUACUACAUUAUACACAGUUAUUGAAGUUGUAAAUGGAACACAUGAGUCAGCCCGAGGUACACCAGUGUGUCCAUUGGGAGUUUUGCAGUCACUCCGAGCAGCCGGAUGGGUGGUGCCGGCUGACCAGCAGGAUGCCCAUGAAUUACUUCAUGUGCUCCUAUCAUGUAUAGAAGAGGAGACUGCGGCUAUGGCUAAAAAGCCAGGCUGUCUCUCCGACGCGCUCGGGCUAGGCGGCAGCCGUGCCUGGUCUGCACUAGCAUCGCCCGCCUCCCCGCCAGCUGCGCCACACCCCCUCCGUGCGGAUUCAACACCGCCUACUCCCUCGGCACUUACUGUCCGGCCGGCUUCCGCUGCGCCUACUGAUGAGCCGGACUUAGAGGAACCAGAGCCAAUGAUGCCCCGACUCACAAAGGGUGUGUCCCGGUCGCUGUGCCACUUGAGCUCAGUGGGUCGUCGUUGGGUGACCCCAACGACAGCGCGGCCUCCCCCCGCGCCUCCCUUCCGCGGAACUUUGGCCUCCAGAUUACAAUGUACUGUUUGUUCACAUAAGAGUCCGAUCCGGUACGACAAGUUCGACAGCAUUUCCCUUUCUAUGACCAACGCGAGCGUCGGUCUCACCGGUUCCUACAGUCUGGCUGGGCUGCUGCGCGCGUUCACGGCCCCGGAGAUGGUGAAGGGCGUCCGCUGCUCCAAGUGCUGCCCGGAGCCCGCUGAGGGCGCGCCCCCCGCGCCCCCCACCGCCUACACCAAGCACAUACGUACUGUUAGCUUCGGGAAGCUCCCGUACUGCCUGUGCCUGCACGUGGGGCGCGUGGAGUGGCUGAGCGGCGCGCUCAACAAGCGCAGCGAGUUCGUGGCCUUCCCCGAGACACUCUCCAUGGCGCCCUACGCGGCCGUGCAGCAGCCCAAGACGGAGCUGUCGUCGCUGGUGAGCGGGGGGCGGCUGCGCGGGGGGCUGGCCGCGCUCAACGCGGGGGGCGGGGCGGGGGGCGCGGCGCCCUACCGCCUCAGCGCCGUCGUCGUGCACGUGGGCGGCCCGCGCUCCGGACACUUCGCCACCUACCGCCGCGGGAACGGCUUCGAAUCCAAAAGGUGGUGGUACACGUCAGACACGCUGGUCCACGAGGUGUCGCUGCAGGAAGUGCUGCGCUGCUCCGCGUACAUGCUGUUCUACGAGCGAGUGAGGCCCGACACCGUCCUCUCCACCACUGCCACUCAACACUUCUAA